AUGGCUUCACAGCAAAACAACUCCUUUAAACCCCAGUCACCAGAAAGUGGCCUUGUAUUAGACAACAGGAACUUCCUUCCAAGCCAGGAUACUUCUCUACAGUGGGAAGAAGAUAUCUGUAACUUCUCAACUGCUCAGCUCAACUUUCCCACAAAUGACAAUGGUUACUGUGCAAAGCAGGAACUGCAAGCAAUGUGGAAGUGGUUUAACUCCUGGUUGAAGCCAGAAAAGCGUAGCAAGGAGCAGAUGAUUUCUCAGCUGGUCUUGGCUGAGUUUCUCAAAACUGGGCACUACAAGGACAAGUCUGUCUUGAAAGAGAAGUGGGAAUCAAAUGGCAGAAACCUGGGGAGAUUCAUGGAGGAUCUGACUGAUGAGUGCUUGAAGCCUCCCAUCAUGGUUCACACCUCCAUGCAGGGGCAGGAAGCCCUCUUUUCUAAGAACAUGUCUUUAGAAGAAACCAUCAACCUUCUGAAAGAACAGCAAUCAGCAAGAAGUUCAAUACAAGAGAGUACAAGGACACCCUUGCCAAUCCCCCAAGACAUGUUAUUGACAACAGGACAUGAAGACUGGGAAAAUAGCCAAAACAAUGGCUGGAGUAAUAGUGAUGUAAAUGAUGGGGAUAGUAGUCCUGGAAAUGAGAUGGACUCCCUUUCCCUUAUCCAACAUUUUGAGUUUAACGAACCUAAAGACAGAAGUGUUUCUGAUGGAAAUCCUCUGGAUUUAAGCAGAACAAGUCAAAUGAAGAAGCAUGUAGCUUCUAAACAGCAAGUAACCAUUGAAGACAUGACUUGUAACUUCUGGAUUGUUCCAUCUGUCUUUGUGGAUAAAGAAGAUGAGUCUGUUUUAUGUUAA